AAAAAAUCCUCACUCUAUAAAUUAAGAGGGUCUCUCAUUCUCUUACAAAGUAAACACUGGACACACACACGCACAAUCUAUUAGAUUUUCUUUUCAUUGAUUUAAAGUCAUAUUAUUCAUAGAAUCCAUUAAUGGCUGCUCUAAGAACCUUACUCGGGAGAAAACCCAGUUCUACUGGAAAUGCUAUGGCGUUGAAGAAGCUUUUUUCAACCCAGCCCAUUAUUGAUUCCUCUUCUUCUUUUGCCCAACGACUCAGAGAUCUCCCCAAAGAUCUCCCCGGAACCAAUAUCAAAAAAGAAGUUUCUGAACUCAUUGGAAGAACUCCUCUAGUCUAUCUUAACAAAGUUACUGAAGGCUGUGGAGCUUACAUUGCUGUCAAGCAAGAGAUGAUGCAACCCACUUCUAGCAUCAAAGACAGACCAGCAUUUGCUAUGAUGAAUGAUGCAGAGAAGAAGAACUUAAUUACUCCCGGAAAGACAACUCUGAUAGAACCAACAUCAGGAAAUAUGGGAAUUAGUAUGGCAUUUAUGGCAGCCAUGAGAGGGUAUAAAAUGGUUUUAACCAUGCCUUCUUACACAAGCUUGGAGCGCAGAGUGACUAUGAGGGCAUUUGGUGCUGAGUUAAUACUCACUGAUCCAACCAAGGGGAUGGGAGGAACCGUUAAGAAGGCAUACCAACUUUUGGAAUCUACUCCUGAUGCUUUCAUGCUCCAACAAUUCUCAAAUCCUGCUAACACUCAGGUACAUUAUGAAACUACUGGCCCAGAGAUAUGGGAGGACACGAGUGGACAAGUCGAUAUCUUCGUUAUGGGAAUUGGUAGCGGUGGCACUGUCUCUGGGGUUGGACAGUAUCUGAAGUCCCAAAAUCCCAAUGUUAAGAUAUAUGGAGUAGAGCCAUCUGAGAGUAAUGUACUUAAUGGUGGUAAACCAGGUCCUCAUCAUAUUACUGGAAAUGGGGUUGGAUUUAAACCAGAUAUAUUGGACAUGGAUGUAAUGGACAAAGUUCUUGAGGUUAGUAGUGAAGAUUCAGUAAACAUGGCAAGGCAGUUGGCUUUGAAAGAGGGACUUCUGGUAGGGAUAUCAUCUGGAGCUAAUACAGUGGCUGCUCUAAGGCUUGCAAAAUUGCCGGAGAACAAAGGAAAACUUAUUGUGACUAUUCACCCAAGUUUUGGAGAGAGAUACUUGUCAUCUGUGUUGUUCCAAGAGCUGAGGAAUGAAGCUGAAAACAUGCAACCAGUUUCAGUUGACUGAUACUUGAAAAGGAUUCGAAGUACAGAAACAUGCAACCAGUUUCUGUUGUUCCAAAAUUAUUCGAAGCCUUUUUCUCAGUGAUACUAAUGCAUUCAUAUUUGUCAAUCUCCACAGCAGAAAGAAAGAAAUAUGUAUCUGUUGAUUUAUGUUAGUAGUGAAUUUGAGUCUUUGCAAUGUAAAUUGGUCUUUUAUUGUUGUUUGCAAUAAGAAUUUGUUUUUCAUGCUGAA